AUGUCGUGGAAGUUGACCAAAAAGUUGAAAGAGACACAUCUGGCUCCGUUGACGAGUGGCUUUGGUCGUUCAACAUCGACUUCGACUGUGAAGGGAGAGGAUGCCUCAGCUGCAACUCAGGAAACUCCUGAACUGACCACCACUACCAGUAAUACCAGCACCACUGCCACAAAUGGAAUAUCGGCUUCCGAAGCCUUGACCUCUCCUCCGGUUCAGCAGACCAAACCCGGUAUUUUGAUCGUAACACUACACGAAGGACGAAGCUUUUCCCUACCCCAACAAUAUCAGUCUGUAUUCAACAAUCACUAUGGCUCUGGAGUCUCAGGAUCCGUCAGACCCAGCUCUUCCUAUGCCGCCGGAGGGUCAAUGGCAGGAUCAUACGCACAAUCCAACCGACCAGUCUCAACUCAUGCUGGUAUCAACGCCGCUCCCACCAUUCACGGUCGAUAUAACAGCAAGUACCUGCCUUACGCCUUGUUGGACUUCGAUAAGCUACAAGUUUUUGUCGAUGCGGUAUCGGGUACACCAGAGAACCCUCUUUGGGCGGGUGAUAAUACUUCAUUCAAAUUCGACGUGUCAAGAGUGUGUGAAUUGAGUGUUCAACUCUACCUGCGAAACCCUGCAGCGAGACAAGGAGCUGGCAGAAGUGAGGAUAUCUUCCUCGGCGGAGCAAGAGUCACACCAAGAUUUGAGGAGGCUCGACAUUUUGUCCCUGAUCCCAAGAAGAGUAAGAAAGAUAAUGAAAAAGCCGAGGCUCAAUUCGCAACCUCAGAAAGACAGGCAGGUCAAUUAGGUGCCGAAUGGCUAGACAUCCAAUUCGGCACGGGUUCCAUCAAGGUUGGCGUUAAUUACGUCGAAAGUCUCCAAGGCAGCCUGAAGAUGGAUGACUUUGAACUUCUCAAAGUGGUAGGAAGAGGUAGUUUUGGAAAGGUCAUGCAAGUUUUGAAGAAGGACACUGGACGAAUUUACGCACUGAAGACGAUCAGAAAGGCUCACAUCAUCUCGCGAUCAGAAGUCGCUCAUACCCUGGCUGAACGAUCGGUGCUGGCACAGAUCAACAACCCUUUCAUUACCCCGCUCAAGUUCUCCUUCCAGUCUCCGGAUAAGCUCUACUUCGUUUUGGCCUUUGUCAAUGGUGGAGAGUUAUUCCAUCAUCUUCAGAAAGAGCAACGAUUCGACAUCAACCGUUCUCGCUUCUACACGGCCGAACUACUUUGCGCUUUAGAGUGUCUUCAUGGUUUCAAGGUCAUCUACCGAGACUUGAAGCCUGAAAACAUCCUACUAGAUUACACUGGUCACAUCGCUCUUUGCGAUUUCGGUCUGUGCAAGCUGGACAUGAAGGAUGAGGAUCGCACCAACACCUUCUGUGGCACACCAGAAUAUCUCGCUCCUGAGCUCUUGCUUGGACAUGGAUACACAAAGACUGUGGAUUGGUGGACCCUUGGUGUUUUGCUCUACGAAAUGUUGACUGGUCUCCCACCAUUUUAUGAUGAAAAUACCAACGAAAUGUACCGAAAGAUUCUGCAAGAACCUCUUCACUUCCCAGGUCCGGAGAUUGUACCCGCCGCAGCCAAAGAUCUACUUCAGAAAUUGCUGGAUCGAAACCCCGAAAGACGACUGGGAGCUGGGGGUGCAGCAGAAAUCAAAGCCCAUCAUUUCUUUGCUGGAAUUGACUGGAGAAAACUGCUUCAGAGAAAAUAUGAACCGAGCUUCAAACCCAGUGUGAUCGACGCCCGAGAUACAGGCAAUUUCGACAAGGAGUUCACAUCCGAGGUGCCCAAAGACUCAUACGUAGAGGGACCCAUGCUCUCACAGACGAUGCAACAACAAUUUGCAGGGUGGUCGUACAAUCGACCCGUCGCAGGAUUAGGUGAUGCCGGAGGCAGUGUUAAGGAUCCUUCCUUUGAACAAAUCCACCAUUAG